UCUUCUUCUCGUUUGGACUUUGUACUUCAUUACCUCAUCAACCCAAGAUCAAGAACAUACUAAAACCCAAAGAAACAAGUAGGGGGAGAAAAAAAAAAAAAAUCAAGUACAGACUUCUCCACUGUAAUCCUCUUCUGGGUUUCUCAAAAUUCUCUCUCUUGGUAUUUGUUGGGAUGGGAGCAAUGCAAUUUAGUAUGUACACGGACAGAGAAAGAUACAGCUAGAGAUAUUUAUAUACAGAGAGAGAUGCUGUGCUUGAAGGCAGAAGCACUUGGGGCAGAGGUUUAUUCUGCAUCUCACGGAGUGAUACUGCCAGUGAAUUUAAUCAAUAGGGGGGGCUCUCUUCAGAAGGCAAUGCACAGAGGUGGGAGGAAAGAUCCUUCCUCUUCUUCAAAUUCUGGAGAUAAAUCUCUCAGUUCUUCUGUGUUUGAGGAUGUUAAGAGCAAGAAGAGUGAGAAGUCGGGGUCUUACAGAUUCAAGCUAGAGAAAGAAGUUUUGAUAUUGCAAAAGAAACUUCAGAAGGAAAUUGAAUUGCACAUGGCUUUGGCUAAUGCUGUGUUACAUAGCCGAGAAGCUCUACCGACUUACCCUUCAAAUAUUCCAGAAGAGGCUCAGGAGCUCGUUGCUAACAUAGCUGAACUGGAGAUUGCAGUUUCUAAGCUUGAAGAAGAGUUGGCUGCCUUGCAAUUUCAGUUUAGGCAUCUAAAAUGUCUACCUUCAUUAUCAAUCGAACCACCUCCUUCGAGCUCUGGCUUAAUGUGGGAAGAGCGUAUAUCUUCCUUGAGAGCUUCAAACUUUGGUAUACUUCAACUACCUCCCUCACUAAAACUGGAAUUUCGCUCUCUUAAACAAUAUGAAACAAAGAUUCCGACGAAGAAUUUGACACUGAAGGAUCUUUGGAAUCAUCCAAAUAGGCUUUCUGAAGAAAUGGUCCUAUGCAUGAGAAAUAUAUUUCUAUCUCUAUCAAAAUCAACUGGCUCUUUGAAGGUGUCUUCUUCGAAGCUUUCUUCGUCUUCUCCAGUUGGACACCUCUCCCAAUCUUCAUUUGCAACUCCCACACGUUCUUUUGAUCCUUAUAGAGUCAAUGGCAAGGUGAACUGGAAUAAUAUUGGAAGUUAUAGUUUAGCAGAUGAAGUUUCUUGCAUUUCUGUUGGGAAGGAACAAAUUGAGUAUGCUGCGGACACUCUGAAAAAAUUCAGAUUUCUUUUGGGGGAACUGGCAAAAGUGGAUCCAUCCACUAUGAACAAUGACCAGAAGCUGGCAUUUUGGAUCAAUUUGUAUAAUUCAUUGAUAAUGCAUGCCUACCUAGCAUAUGGAGUUCCAAGAAAUGACAUCAAGUUCUUUGCUCUAAUGCAAAAGGUAUCUUAUACUAUAAGAGGCCAAUCAUUCAGUCCAGCCGACAUUGAAUUUGUCAUUCUAAAGAUGAAACCUCCACCCCAUCGUCCACAAAUAGCUUUGGCUUUGGCUAUUCAUACCUUUAAAAUAUCAGAGGAGCACAGAUUAUAUUCAAUUGAUGCCCCAGAGCCACUUUUAGUGUUUGCCCUCAGCUCCGGGAUGUUUUCCUCUCCAGCAGUAAGAAUCUUCACUGCAGAAAACAUCCGGUAUGAGUUGGAGAAAUCUAUGAGAGACUACGUCCAAGCAUCCAUCGGUAUAAGUGAAAAAGGGAAGCUAUUGGUUCCGAAACUACUUCACAGUUUUGCUAGAGGCGUCAUAGAGGAUUCCCUCUUGGUUGAUUGGAUAUGUCGAUAUCUCUAUCCUGAUCAAGUCACAAUUGUUAGGGAUUCGACAUCGCAGAAGAAGCAGAGGCUUCUCGGCGCUCGAAGUUUCAACAUCAUUCCUUUCGAUUCCAGGUUCAGGUACCUUUUCCUACCUGAUGAAGAAAGAAGCACCCAAAACAUAGAAAUGUGUGUAUGAAAUAUUGUGGAAGAUGUAAGUAAACUGUAAAUGGGAGAAUAUUUGUACAUGAUUGAAGCUCUUAUUAUACUACAGGGGGGGAAAUAAUAAAUGAGGAAAAGAAUUAUUGGCUGAUGGGUCAAAAAGGAAUACAAGUUUGCUCGUCGAAUUGUAUUCUGAUUCGGUUGUGAAUGUUUCCUGGUUAUAUUUCGUA